AUGAUCGGAUGUCAAUCAUCAUCGGCAGGGACACAGAGAACGAUCGACCGUCCAGAAAAAGAGCAUAAGGCAGAGCAAUUGGAAGUUUAA